AGGCUUCCCCGUUCCAUCCCCUAUCGAUCCCUUUUUCCACCAGAAAUCCUUCGUUCCGAUCAAGUUUCGUUGCGCCGUGCGUAAUAAGCAAGCUCCGAGGAACAGGAAGAUGGGUAAAACAUGGGCGCUCAUCACCCACCUCCACGCUCUCGCAGGGCCGACUCUCACUCUAAUAUACCCUCUGUACGCGUCGAUCUGCGCGAUGGAGAGCACGUCCAAGCUGGACGACGAGCAGUGGCUGGCCUACUGGAUAAUCUACUCCUUCAUCACCCUCUUCGAAAUGGCGGCCGAGAACGUCCUCUACUGGAUACCGCUGUGGUACGAGGCGAAGCUGCUGUUCGUGGCGUGGCUGGUGCUGCCGCAGUUCAGGGGCGCCUCCUUCAUCUACGACAGGUUCGUCAGGGAGCAGCUGAGGAAACACGGGGUGAGGCUGCACGAUCACCACGGCCACGGCCACGGCGCCGAGCACGAACCGCACCCGCACAUCCUCAAGGCUGAGCAUGGCCAUGGCGUGCACUGAGGAGGCCGGCCCGGAAAUAUACGUUGUUCAUCGGAGAAGUAACCUGACCCGGCUGGACUGGUUCCGUCUUGGUACAGAGGAACGAACGGUUGCCAGUGCUGUCUGUAGUAUUAGCCUGUAACAACAUUGCGACGAGAACGCUAGGACACUGCAUCAGUCUGUGCUCGAGCUAAUUAUUCCGAUGGUCCUGAUUGUUCAGCGGGAGGAGCCCCCCUGUUCUUUGUCACGAAUAAUAAAAUCUGAGCAGGAAUUACAUUGAUGAGCA